AUGGGGCUGAUCGCCUUAGCCAUCGCUUCCAUAGCGAUUUCUCAUCUACUGAUGUGGAUUCCAUCACUGAUUCGAUGGUUCAAGCAACGAUUACGAGUAAUCCGAGCAGUUGAUCGCUUACCUGGGCCUCCAGCUCUUCCUUUGAUCGGAUGUGCUCACAAAUUCAGCUUCGACAAUUACAGUAAGCUUAAUUUAGAUUUCAUUCAUUUUUUUUUUAGCAAGGAGAUUUCAAAACCACAAGAAGGUUAUACUCGACUACAAGAAUGGCUCGGCAGGGGCCUUCUCACUAGCAAUGGAGAACGUUGGCGAGCGAAAAGGAAAAUGCUGACACCUGCAUUUCAUUUUUCGAUUCUCAAGGAUUUUAUGCCCAUUUUCAAUAAGGAGGCAGCAAUCCUUCUUGAACAAUUCGGUCGACUAUCGGAUACAGGUUCUACGGCAGAUGUUUUUCCUCUCAUCAAGCUCUGCACCUUAGAUGUUAUCUGCGGUAAAUCCGCCAUGGGCGUAAAUAUCCGAGCCCAAUCCGGCCAGAACAAGAAUUAUGUGAAGUCGGUGAAAGAAGUUUGUGAGUUGCUGUGGGAUCGUGAGCGGCUUCCAUGGUUGUGGCCAACGCCACUGUGGAUUCUUUCUGGGAAAGCAGCACGACUCCAAACAGCUCUCGCCACGGUCCAAGGCUUCACUCGUGCGGUGAUUGCAAAAAGGAAGAAGGUAUUCGAUCUUGAAGAACGGGACUCGCAUAGGAAACCAGCAUUCCUCGACCUGCUCCUUGGAAUGCAGCAGGAAAAUCGUCUUACAGAUGAUGAUAUCCGAGAAGAAGUGGACACAUUCAUGUUUGAAGGCCACGACACUGUUGCCAGUGCCCUUGGGUAUGCACUGUUUUGCCUGGGUAACUACCCUGAAGAACAAGAAAAACUCUUCCAGGAGGUCAAGGAAGUAAUUGGGCCAGUGGAUCGCGAUCUGACUCAGGACGACUUGAUCCAGUUGAAGCAAACCGAGAAGGUACUCAAAGAAGCUCUCCGAGUGUUUCCACCGGUGCCGAUGAUUGCUCGACGACUUCACGACGAUGUCGACAUCGGAGACAUUACGAUCCCAGCUGGUGUCACGGCAUUAGUCGUACCGUUCGGUACACACAGGGACCCUAAGUAUUUCGAACGCCCACGAGACUUCUGGCCCGAUCACUUUGAUGUUGAUAGCUGUUCCAAUCGCAGUGCCUACGCAUUCAUUCCAUGGUCUGCAGGUCCAAGAAACUGCAUCGGCCAGAGAUUUGCUGUGAUGGAAGAAAAGGUACUCUUGGCCCGACUUGUACGUCAAUUUCGUUUCCGUGCCACAAUGACUUUCAAGGAGAAUCGCGGUCUACCGGAAAUGAUUCUUAGGCCAAGUAACGGUAUCCCACUGAUUAUUGAAAGACGAACUGAGUAA